CCCUGGGCCCGGCAGUUGCCAUGGCAGUGGCGAGGCGCGCAGCUGGGCGCAGGAAAGAUGGCGGUGACCGGCUGGCUGGAGAGUCUGCGGGCGGCGGAGAAGACGGCGCUGCUGCAGGAUGGGAAGAGGAUGGUGCACUAUUUGUUCCCAGAUGGUAAGGAAAUGGCUGAAGAAUAUGACGAGAAGACAAGCGAAUUACUCGUGAGAAAGUGGCGUGUGAAAAAUGCCCUGGGAGCUUUGGGCCAGUGGAAGCUUGAAGUAGGAGAGCCAGCCUUCACAGGACCAGGGAGCCUGGGGCCCGAGCUCAUCAAGGAAAGUAAUGCAAAUCCUAUCUUCAUGCGCAAGGACACCAAAACUAGUUUUCAGUGGCGAAUACGAAACCUCCCCUACCCAAAGGAUGUCUAUAACGUCUCUGUGGACCAGAAGGAGCGCUGCAUCACUGUCAGAACGAUUAACAAAAAGUACUACAAGAAGUUCUCCAUUCCUGACCUAGACAGAUACCAGCUACCUCUGGAUGCUGCUGCUCUGAGCUUCGCUCAUGCCAACUGUACUCUGAUAAUCUCUUAUCAGAAGCCAAAGGAGGUCGUGGUGGCCGAGUCAGAGCUACAGAAGGAACUGAAGAAGGUAAAGACAGCCCACAGCAGUGAUGGGGACUGUAAGACCCAGUAGCUCCCCCAAUCUUACACCUCCAGUGUGCAGGAUGCUGUAAGACUUUCAAGUUUGGGCCUUUCUGGCACAGGCAGCCUGCUUUCUUCUAAGAACUAAGCAGAGCUAAGCAGAGUCCAUAAGAACUGGCCCUUAGGGCACUACUAGCUCCUACCUAUAAUCUUGUUUCCUGAGUAAAGUCAUUUGGGAGUUGCUGAAGAA